AUGACCUCUGUGAUGCAGUCCAAAAAACGUACCGUCCCACCGCAUCAGAAGGUCGCCAUCGCAGGCACCCAAGUGCUGAAGGUUGGUGGGGGGACCUCACCAUUUCUUGUGAGUGAAACGGAAGUUCCGACAGGAGACAUUGCGCUUGAAGCUGAAUGCAUUCGCUAUUGUUGGGUGACCGCCAAGAGAGCAGCAAAUACUGAACGCCAUAGCCCUCAACGCCCCUUUGAUGCUUCCCAUGACCCCUUUGGCCACGGACUCUUCCGGCGACGGCAGCGGCCACGCAGAACAAGAGAACUCGAUUCAAUGCAUUGUCGUGCCAGCCCGGCUCGGUUCGAUUUCACAUGCGAUAUUCUGGCCGUUCCACAUUACAUGUUUUACAAUACAGUGAAAGGUUCUUGGCAUGUUCCAGAUCUCAAAAAGAUGGAAGAACUAGUCAUUAUCUGGAAUGUCUGCAAUGAUGCUUAUGAGUGGGACGACAUCAUCCCCCAUCUCUACUUGCUGCAAAACCUCAAAACAGUAUUUCUGAUCAACGAGGCGCUGCUUAUUCACGGCGCUUGCAGGGUGCAGAGUGGGAAGAAGUGUCAUUACACAACUCGAGAACCAUUUUGGCAAGGCGAAGAUAUCGCGAGGGAGAGGUUGCACAGGAAAGGGCAGAGACAUGCGGGGAGGCAACUUGGGGUAAUGUUCCCGAAUAUUUGCAGCUUGAGACUGACGCCGUUUGACGGGAAGACUGAGCCGUGGAUGGGGGGCAUAUACGCGAUGGUGAAGAAUACUAAGGACUAGCAUGGUGUAGGGAAAUCCAAGGGGUUUUCUUUUAUAAGUAAUUGGCACGUUAACUUCCCUGCUUACUUGAAGCUAUACCUCAAUCGCGGCCAGAGACUGAGUACCGCACCAAACUUGCAUAAAACGCGGGGAUCAAGACCCAAUACAACAUUUACACGCAGGUGCGUUCACAUUGAGCACGAACGAA